CGGGUAUGGUUUUACUCAAUGUUACGAAUUCGGAAUCGGUUUCACCAGUAACAUUAAACGAUCACUGGUCAAGAUUGGCAAGAUUGAUUCUUCUAGCGUCACUUUCAGCUCUGGGUAGCGUAGGAAACGUUUUCAUGAUCAGUGCGGUAAUGAUCGAAGAUUAUCUCAGGAAGCGAGGUAACACCUUCAUUGUCAACGUAGCCUUAGCCGAUCUACUUGUAUCUGGACUGGUGGUGCCAGCAUCUGCAAUAGUAAUUUUAGCUGGACUUCGGGACAAUCUAUCUGUGUGCCGAUUCCAAUGGUUCCUAGCUACUCUCUGCUUCUUAGUCACCGUCCUCUCACUAGCUGCAAUUGCAACUGAAAACUACUACCGGCUAUGUUUCUCAAACAACUCAUACGAAAAAUUGACCAGAAGAAAGAUUACAGCCAUCCUCGCCUUUUUCUGGAUAUUAUGUGCCGCUAUUUCUGGAAUACAGUUUAUCAAAGAUGUGUCCUUUGAUUACUGCAGAAGGAAGUAUCCUGGACUAAUUCCUUAUCAGGCUACAAUUAGCGUAGUAAUGGUAUUUAUUCCUGUAACGAUAACGUUGUUUUCGUAUAUCCGAGCGGGGUAUCAAGUAAGAAAGUUUAAAUCUCGACCAAACUUUAAGGCCCCAAUUACUUUUAAUUGGGACAACAUGCUGAUGCAUUCCAACAUAUACAGUUUUGUGGUCUUUAUAAUAUUUUGGCUUCCAUUCGGAGUAGUCUUAGCCAUUAGUACGGUACGAAAAAUACCAGAUAGUCUUUUCUACAAUCUAGCAUGGUUUGCUAUCAGCAAAUCUUGUGUCAACAGUAUUCUCUACGGCAUAUCAAAUCAACAUUUCAGGGGAGCUUACAUCAACCUGUUCCAAUAUUGUUGUUGUAAAACCACAGUAACGUUUUCAAGAAGGCAGCGUCCAGAAGGAAUCAGACCUUCUGGAGAUGUGCGAGUCCACAUUAUACCAGGUUAUAACAUGUACUGCAGUCCACAGCGAGGUAGGGAUAAUCAAAGUAAAAGAAUUUCGUCAAGGACUAAUGGUCGGGAAGUGUAUGAAUUAUGAUGAGACGAUAGAGGAGUAUGGAUUUAAACCACAGAUGUUUGUUUAAAUAAGAAUAGUUUACGCCGAACCAAAUAAAAUAUGUCUACUUAUGGCUAUUUUUGUGAUUGUUACUUUUACGUUGAUUAACGUGUAUUUGGUAUAUUGGCAAAUUAUUGUAUG